AUGGCAAGAUCGGGGAUGUACAAAGCGCUAGAGAGCUGUUUGAUGAAAUGCCUGAAAGAAAUGUUAUAUCGUGGAGUGCAAAUGCCUGAAAGAAAUGUUAUAUCGUGGAGUGCAAUGAUGGCAGCAUACUCUCGAGUUAGUAACUUCAAGGAGGUGCUUGCUUUGUUCUCAGAAAUGCAGAACACAGGCAACAAGCCAAAUGAGUCAAUCCUUGUAACCGUACUCACUGCUUGCGCUCAUCUUGGUGCACUCGUGCAAGGAUUGUGGGUUCAUUCUUAUGCCAAGCGAUUCAAUUUGGAGUCAAAUCCUAUACUGGCCACAGCUUUAGUGGAUAUGUAUUCCAAAUGUGGAUGUGUUGGUUCAGCUUUAUCUGUUUUCGAGGCCAUGCCGUGUAAGGAUACUGGAGCCUGGAAUGCUAUGAUCUCUGGGGUUGCUUUGAAUGGUGAUGCAAGCAAAUCUUUAGAACUAUUUCAUCAAAUGGCUAUAAAUGGGACUAAGCCCUCUGAGACUACUUUUGUGGCAGUCCUUACUGCAUGUACACAUGCAAAGAUGGUUCAGGAAGGCCUUCAAUUUUUUGAAGAAAUGAACAUUGUUUAUGGGAUUAAACCCAGGGCAGAGCAUUAUGCUUGUGUCAUUGACCUUUUAUCCAGAGCAGGCAUGAUGGAGGAAGCAGAGAAUUUUAUUGAAGAGAAGAUGGGUGGACUUGCAGGUGGAGAUGCCAAUGUGUGGGGUGCUCUUCUAAAUGCAUGUAGAAUUUACAACAACGUGGACAUUGGAAACAGAGUGUGGAAAAAGCUGGUUGAUAUGGGUGUAGCUGACAGUGGAACUCAUGUUCUGUCAUACAAUAUAUACAAGGAAGCUGGGUGGGAUGUAGAGGCUAGCAGGGUGAGGAAGAUGAUAUCAGAAGCAGGAAUGAAAAAGAAACCUGGAUGUAGCAUAAUAGAAGUAAAUAAUGUAGUUGAAGAGUUUCAUGCUGGUGAUCAAUCUCAUCCACAGGCGCCAGAAAUAUGUAAGUUGCUUGAUUCUUUUCUCAAGAUGGUGAAUUUAGAGGAUGUCUAA